AUGCAGUUCUCCCAGCUCUUCGCCCUGACGACCCUCCUCGUCACUGGAGUCGUCGCCAUGCCCACCGAGAAACGGGACUGCGCCUAUACCUGCGGUACCGUCUGCUACACCAGCAGCGCCGUUACCGCCGCCCUGAAUGCAGGCUACAACCUGGAGUCCUGGGGCGAGGAAGACGAUUCAUACCCGCACGUGUACCACAACUACGAGGGCUUCGACUUCCCGGUCUCUGGAACUUACUACGAGUUCCCCAUCCUCAGGGACGGAUAUGUGUAUGACGGCGGCUCGCCCGGUGCCGACCGUGUUAUUUUCAACGAUAAUGAUCAGCUUGCGGGUGUGAUUACGCACACCGGGGCUAGAGGCGAUGACUUUGUUUCUUGCUAG